CCGAACAAUGAAGUCCCUGAUAGUCCCUGCCCUGCAGUGAGAAGAGAUGAUCAGAGAAAAUAUUUUGGCAAACAGGAUCAGACAUGAGGACAUUCCAAUGUUACUUAAUGGCUCCCUCGAUGUGAUGUCAUUAAAAGGAUAAUAUGUAGUGGUAAAGAUGCAUUUAAAAAAAUCUCUUUUAUCCCUUCUGGUUGAGGUCUCAUCAAGGAUAUGUACUCUACUGAGAGCAUCAUCAAGCCAUUCUUUAGGGUAUGGACAGGCCUCAAGCUGUCUACAUUGUCAUAGCCUAAUUUUCAACAUAUGUUUUAAUAGUACGAAUGCACUUCAGUCUCAGAAAUUGUGUGAACGGUAAUCCCUUCAGAAAUGAGGGAUGCGCACUAGAGGCAUGUAGAAAAAGAGCACAGAAGGGCUAUCAUUUCUAGUAUGUUAAUUACCCACACACAUUAACUUGUCAUUUAAAACAGGCUUGUGUAAGUACCUGUUUUUAGAGAGACAGUAUCUUGGCUAGAACAAGGACAGUUUAAUAUUUACCUUACUGAUGUGAUGUUGAUGGAAUAAAAAUAUUGUAUUAUUUUCUACUCUAUUCUUGCUAACACUUAUUUUUAAACAAAUCUGCUGUCAGCUUGAAAGAUACUGAUCAUAGGAGAUUUGAUGUGUAAUGUAAUACUAUAAGUAGUACUAUAUUUUAUAAAAAAAACAUUGUGCAUACCUUUUUAAUUUAACCACACCCUUUGAGCUAUGACACGAACCAAUAAGAUCUGCUCUCUUAAGUAAAACAGAGACUAAGGGAUUAAUAAUAACAGUGGUAAAAAUAAAUAAAAAGAUACAUGGUAAGGGUUGUGGAAAAGGAAGGGAAAGACACCUGUCAGGAUCCAGGAAAAGGUGGAGGCAGGGAGGUCCUCAGGUCCAGAGAGAAGGGAUGAAGAUGUAAUCACAAGGCUGAGACUCAUCAGGCUCAACAGCACUUUGAAAUUAGUCGGGAAACAUCCAACUGGGAAGUUAGUUCACAGGCAGAGGGAGAUGGAGAGAGUAGAACACGUUCUAUUUCAAUGCCAGCGAUAUGAGAGGGAAAUGGACAGUUUGUUAUUAGUAUUAAGGAAUAAUGGUAUUGAGGAGUCAAGUUUAAUUGAAUUUAAGAAAACCUUAAGGUGAUUAUUGUAUUAAAUUAUAUCUUCCGUUUCCUUAGGGAGAAGGGUUUAAUUGGGUGGGGUUAAACUUCAGACCUUCCCUGUCUCUGGUCAACACUCCAGUCGGUGGCGGAGAUGCAUCUGUAAAGUUGGUUGUCAACCGACAUUUAAAGACCACUGAAGAAGAAGCGUAAACGGAAGUGAACAGGAAAAAUGUACACGUUAGCGGUUUUUGUUGUUAUUUAGACGUUUAUUAACACCCUGGAACUCAAUAUGCCCCAUUGAACUCCACGGCAUCACCCACUUACCCCAUAUAGUGUUUAAUUCGCGUUUGAGACAGGACUUGGUUGACAGAUGUUAUCUAGGUAACGCGGACGUUAACUAGCUAGCUGCUAACAAUGGCUAACUGUAUUGCUGUUCACACUCAAAUAGCCUCCAUCAUGGAGGUGCUAGCGAAUGCAGCCGUGGCAGAGGUCUGUAAACUCGUAGACGACGACUAUGCAGUGUUUCGUUUGGAAAUAACUCAAAGCCAGAAAGAAAACAGGACAUUGAGGAGGAAACUACAGCUACUGGAACUUAAGGUGUCACGUGACCGCGUCCUCACGAGUCGUCCCAAGAUCCUCGACCGAUACAGAGGAAUGGCAAGAGAUCUCACUGGAGGCCACAGGAGCUUUGUGAAGCAAGUGGGACACAAUACAUGGAGCGAUGACCAACCAAUCACUGUUGAUGAGGGGAGUGGAACCUCAACCCAGCACGUUAUCGUGAUAGAGUCUGCAGAUGCAGAGGCUGCAGGUCCUGGGGUCAAGCAGGAGAGGUCUGAAGGAGAGGAGGACCCAAGGCACAGCAGAGACAUCCAGACUGGUGCGGCUGGAAAGCACCUUGUAGCCACCGAGGACCUCGCCACCACUGCCUCACCCCAGGCCUGGACCCAACGCAGCAUCACAGAGGAGGAGGAAGUGCUUCUGGUGAAGGAGGAGGGUCUGGGGAACCCUGAGAGGACCAUGGUCAUGGAGGACAACCAGACUACACCUCCUCCUGAACCCACAGAGGAACCAGCUGAGCAGCACAGGACCACACAUAGUCUCACUGAGUCAGUAGACAUGGAGGAUGGGAAGCCUGAUCUGCUGUUGGUCAAAGAGGAGACAAUAGAAGAUGGACCAGAGAACAUUGACCUGCUGAGUGGACUAAAGAUGGGGGAGCAAGGUGGAUGGCUGGAGACUAACAGAGCAGACUGGGUGGCCAUCUUGGAUUCCCAGACCGGUGCAGCCAAGGGCCCAGUGAACAUCCCCGAGCAGGCCUGGACCAGAGGUGACAUAGUGGAGGUCAGGGGAUGGGACAGCAUCCUCAACUCUGGGCUGGGGAACAACGCUGUUAACCAGAAACAGAUAGUCGAACACACAACGACAUCCGAACUUAGUCUCCAUGACAACAGACUGGCUGAGACCAGGGCGAGGCAUAGAUUUGGUCUGCGGGGACAGGAAAGUGAACAUAUGCGGAGGGAGAGUACAGACUUCGCUUACGAUGCUCCGUCCUGCUCCUAUAAUUGUGAUUCAGAAAGACUGACGGCGCCUCAGGUUAACCCCCUAACAGGUGCUGCCUUCAGCCUGUCUUCUAUAGGAUCUGUCAACUGUAACAUGGACCCUGCGAUAACACAGACACUCCCUGGCCUUCGUCCUCCUCACAGUCUCCUAAUGUUAAACCAGACCUCAGACAACGCCAGUGCCUCAACACUAAAUGGCUACACAAGCCCAUUGACAAAUGACAGUAGUAGAGAUGGAAUCAGUAAAGGUGGCAGCGCCAAAGAGAAGCGCUUCCUGUGUUCAUUCUGUGGAAAAGCCUUCAGUUUUCCCCAACAGGUAGAGAUCCACCAGAGGGUUCACACGGGGGAGAAACAAUUUGGCUGCCACCUGUGUCGGGCGAGUUUCUCUCACUCCUUCAGCCUGAAGAGGCACCUGAGAGUCCACACAGGGGUGAAACCCUUCAGCUGUACCCAGUGUCACAUGCGCUUCGCCCAGGCUGGUCACCUGAAGAGGCACCAGAGGGUCCACACAGGGGAGAAACCCUACAGCUGCACGCAGUGUGAGAAGAGGUUCUCCCGCCAGGACCAGCUGAAGAUGCACCUGAAGGUCCACACGGGAGAGAGGCCAUUCGCCAGUACGCACUGCGGGAAGAGGUUAUCAGAGAGGAGCUACCUCAGGAUGCACCAGCAGAAAAAACAUUCCACUCUUUAACAUAAAAAGUAACCAUUCCCAUGGAUAGCUUCUGACAUUUAGAUCAAACCCGGCAUUAAAGACAAAUAUACAUUUUCAUCGUUGUCAGCUGAAAAUACCCAUGGAUGCACAGAUGACCAAUAGAUUUCAGUCUUGAAUAUUCCUGGAUAGAAUAUUUCAUCCAAACAUAUAAGGCAUAUCUACACUACCUUUCAAAAGUUUGGGGUCACUUAGAAAUGUCCUUGUUUUUGAUAGAAAAGCAAAAAAAAGAUUGUCCAUGAAAAUAACAUCAUAUUGGUCAGAAAUACAGUGUAGACAUUGUUAAUGUUGACUAUUGUAGAUAGAAACGGCAGAUUUCUUUUUAAUGGAAUAUCUACAUAGGUGUACAGAGGCCCAUUAUUAGCAAUCAUCACUCCUGUGUUCCAAUGACGCAUUGUGUUAGCUAAUCCAAGUUUAUCCUUUUCCAAGUUUAUCCUAAUUU